GCAAUACCCUGUCAAGUUUGGGCUGCAGAUCACUCGGAUGUACCACCGCCUGUGCCACACCGCCUGUGGCAAGCCUGAGGCUCAUAAGGGUCGCAGGUGGGAGCCAGUCGAUGUGCUCUUCAAUGAGAAGCAUUGGGCCGAUUUCUGGGAUGAUGCUGAGAUGCUGUCUGUGCUGCGCUACUUGAGAGGCAAUACUUCACUAAAGUUGCCAGCGCUUUUCUUUCGGCUCACGAGAGCUGUGUCUUGGUUCCUAGGUGAUGGCUCCAGGGAAUUGGUUGCGACGAAGCAAGAGACUUUGAAUGACGAUGACCUAGAGGCUAAUAUCAAGGACCCCAAGCAAAAGCCUUCCUCCGCCAGAAGCCAGCUUGCCCAGCCAGUCAUGGCUCCAGAUGCCGAGUCGCCAGCCCUGCAUCGUGUCAAGGGCAAGCAAUCGCCGGAUGCGAAGGACGAGCUUAUCCGGAAGCUUUAUGCUGAAGUGGAAGCUUUGAAGCUGCGAACACCAUCCACGGCGAGCUCUGCCAAGCCCCGGAAGCCGAAGUCUGCCGACCCGAAGACCACACCCCAAACGGAGGCCGCCAAGGAGAACCGCCUGCGACGCCUCUGCGAGCAGAAGCCUUCAGGGCGCAUCAACGUGCCAAAGGAAGUGCACGACAGAUGGGCUCAGGGAGGUGAGGUUCGCAAGACUUUGCUAGCGGAGCUCGAAGCUGCAGACUGGGACAAGGACAGCUUCCUGUCUCGGGUAACAAAGACUUCGGAGAAACGAAACCAGACCUCCGCCCACAAGAAGCGUGGAUGGUACACCAUGGAGGGGAUGGCCACCAUCUUGAAGUGGAGCAAGCACAUUGGUAGCGUCAGGCUUUGCUAUCAUGCAAGUUCUCUAAAGUGA